GCCAUGUCGGAACGGAAAGUGCUGAACAAAUAUUACCCCCCAGACUUCGAUCCUGCCAAGAUCCCCAAGCUGAGGCUCCCAAAGGACCGGCAGUACGUGGUGAGGCUCAUGGCCCCCUUCAACAUGAGGUGCAGGACGUGUGGGGAGUACAUCUACAAGGGCAAGAAGUUCAACGCCCGCAAGGAGACGGUGCAGAACAAGUCCUACCUGGGGCUGCCCAUCUUCCGCUUCUACAUCAAGUGCCCGCGCUGCCUGGCUGAGAUCACCUUCAAGACAGACCCCCAGAACACGGAUUACGCCAUGGAGCACGGCGCCACCAGGAACUUCCAGGCACAGAAGCUCCUGGAGGAGGAGGAGAAGAGGAUGCAGAAGGAGAGGGAAGCGGAGGAGCUCAACAAUCCCAUGAAGGUCCUGGAGAACCGAAGCAAGGACUCCAAGCUGGAGAUGGAGGUCCUGGAGAACCUGCAGGAGCUGAAGGAGCUCAACCAGCACCAGGCCAACGUGGAUUUUGAAGCCAUGCUGAAGCAGCACAAGGAGGUGGAGGAGACGCAGAAGCGCAAGGAGCAGGAGGAGGAUGAGCAGGAGAUGAAGGCCAUGUUGGAACAGGCCCAGAACUGCCGGCUCCUGGUGGAUUCUGACUCUGAUGAUGAACCAACAAAACACUGUCCAAAUCCCACAGCCCAAACAAAACCCAGGGAUAUCCUGCAGGAGGACACCCAGAGCAAGAGGCUGAUGAUGGAGAGCUGGGAGUGCAGCUUGGGCAAGCUCAGCAGCAGGGCCCAGCUGGCCAGGCUGGUGGCCCGCAGGAAGGAGAAGCCACAUCCUGCCCUGGAUAAGGGGAUGGAAACCCGAGGCACCACAGCCACCACCAGCUCACUUCCAGCAGCAGCAGCAGCCAUGUCCUCGCUGGGUUUGCUGGGAGCCUACUGGGACAGCGAGGACAGAGACUGAAGGGCCAGCAGAGUGGGGACAGAGAAGGGACAGGGCUGUCCCCGCUCCCUGCUGCUCCUGGAACCCGACACGGAGCAGAUCCCACCUUUGCAGAGACUGGGAGCUCCUCCAGUCCCUCACUGUGGGGACAGGGCUGUCCUGCCAUCACCAGCCCCCUAGAUGUCCCCAGGAGCUCAGGGACAAACCCCUCCCUGCUGUUCCGUGCUUGCUGGACUUCAGCAGCCACAACACUGGGAAAAAUGGGAUCUGGCAAAACAAAACAAAACAAAAAACAAAAAA